AUGUUCAAAAGUGUUUUCUCAGCAACAACCCUCUCUUAAAGGAAUACCGACAGUUAAAUCAUUUAAUGUACUUUUUAGAGUGUGUGUGUGAACAGUGGAUCUCCUCCCCGCUGUGACGCAGUGUUCGCAUCACUUCCUCGUUCUGUUAUCAGGUUGUCAGUCUUUCGCCACAAUGUCCUUUAUUAGUGUUUAAAAACUCUCCACAAACUUCCCAAAACAUGGCGUGCGUGGACUCGGAGGUGGACUUAUGGAGUAUUCCUCUGGUCGCCCUGAAUGUAACGGUGAGGAAGAAGCUGGGUCUGUAUCUGAACCCGAAGAACACGGUGGCUGCGGACUGGACCGCUGUUGCGGAGGCCAUGGGCUUCUCUUACCUGGAGAUAAAGAACCAUGAGGCGGCCAGAAGUCCUGCUCAGUCGGUCCUGGAGAACUGGCAGGCCCGGAGCUCAGAGGCCUCCGUGGGGAAGCUGCUGUCCGUCCUGACCAAGGUGGAGAGGAAGGACGUGGUGGAGGACCUGAGACCCCUGAUAGGUGAGGAAAUGUUGCUAAAUGCUUAUGUUGUUGGUGCAAUUAUGAAGCAAUGUCAUGUAAAAGUUAUGCUUGGAUCUGUUUUCAUCGACUCCAGGAAGUGAUUCACAUGCCUGAAAUCCCAUAUUAUAAAAACUAUAGUAUUUACACAUUGUUCUAACAGCCUGCUGUGCUAGAGUCUAGACAUAACAUCAGUUCAGCUGUUCUCAGUGUUUCAGCAAAUGGGUGCUAAUUCUGGAUGACUUUAGAAAGACACUUGAGAAAGUCCUUUGAUUGGCUAAACACAAAAAAAUAGACAGAAAAGACUGCUAAUAGACAACAAAUGUCCACACACAAAGAUAAACAAUCCCCAAAAGAGAUGCAUAACGACUACAGACACACCAAACACCAACAAAAAGAAGCAAACCCUCCACAAAGUGAUUUAAAUGCUACCAAAAAGAAUCUAUUACUUUUAGACAGUCCUAAGUAGUCACAGAUGUGACGUAAUUUACAUCAUUUCCUGUUAUUGACUCCUUAGAGUGUGUUGACUAUAUAAAUAAGAAUAGCUUACUUUCUUUAACUUCCAAAGGCUAUAUCUUAUGCAAACAUAUGUGUCGUGGAGAUUACUAGGUAUUACAAUACCCUAUACAGAGAGAGAUAAAAUGCAUCUGGAAGAGAUACAAACAAGUACAAAAACAAGCAGGAAAACACAGAGACACAACAACAUCACUACGAGACACAAAUGUACAAAAACCACCACAAAGAGAGACAAAACCGCCCCCCUACAAAAUGGUACUAGACCAGAAACAUACAGCAACCACAAAGAACCAAACGUAGCCUAACUGCAAAGAGGCAAAACAUAACUUUGAAGGUCCCAUGUCAUUUCCUCUGAUCAUAACUCCAUUGCUGAGGUCUACUA